GGAGUCACAAAAAAAGGAGAGAAAGAGAAAAUUUGUUAAUUGUUAUUCAUGUUUUAAGUAUAACGUAGGUAAACAAUGUUACCGUAAAGUUUAUGGAUGAAUACAAUCAGCUAAAGAUUUUGGGAAAAGGUUCCUUUGGAUGCGUAUGGUUAGUCAAGAGCAAUAAAACAAAUAUUAACUUUGUUAUUAAAGAAAUAUCAAUCACAGGUUUGAAGCUGCAUGAACAAGAGUCAGCAGUUAAUGAAGUUAAAAUACUGGCAACACUUCGUCAUAAAAACAUAAUUCGCUAUCAACAUGCUUUCAUUCAAGAGGCAAAAUUAUGUAUUGUUAUGGAAUACGCUGAUGAUGGUGAUUUAUCGCAAAAAAUUAAACUACAAAAUGGAAACUUAUUUUUAGAGCUGCAAAUCAUUGACUGGUUUGUCCAAAUUCUAAUAGCAAUAAAGUAUAUACACAGUCUAAACAUUCUUCAUCGAGAUAUCAAAUCGCAAAACAUAUUUCUGACAAAGACAAGUUUAGUGAAAAUUGGAGAUUUUGGAGUCUCACGUUUUCUUAAUGGAAGUUUACAUCAAGCGCAAACAGCUAUUGGGACACCUUUCUAUUUAUCUCCGGAAAUUUGCCGAAGAAAACCAUACAACAACAAGAGUGACAUGUGGAGUCUAGGUGUACUACUAUAUGAGCUCUCUACACUCAAACAUCCGUUUCAAGCUGAUGACUUUUCCGGCUUAGUAAUACAAAUAAUACAAGGAAAAUAUCAACCCAUACCAGGAUGUUAUGGACCACUUCUCCACGAUUUGCUGCUUGUACUACUUCAGGUUAGACCUACCGACAGACCUACUGCUUCUCAAUUACUUAAAAUCCCAUCACUUCAGCCGCACGUUGAAAGUUAUUUAAGACGUGUGAGACAUAAAGAGGCGCCAGUUAUUCUGGAUUUGUCGCUAUCGCGCAGCUCACUAACGGAGCAGGAUUCAACCGUUCAACUAAACGUUUGUAAGAAUAUUCUGUAUGAGAAUAUCAGGUGCCAUUCCGAACGCACAAGUAAACAUACAGAAGCGUGCAAAAAACAAUCUAGGACUGAAUCGUUGAAUUCAAAAGAAAAUGCUAUUCAAUUUAUUCAAAAUAGUUGUCAAAAUGAAAAAAUAGAAAAUAUAGAAUAUUCUAAAGAAAAAACUCGAACAAAAAGUUUGAUAAACAGAAAAACACCGUUAAAAACUGACAACAUGGAUUUUCUCGAAAUUAAAGAUAAAAUAAAACCGGCUACCUAUAAAGACUUUACUGAAAAUUUUACGAGUCCAGAACAUAAUAACCAAAUCAAUAAAACCUAUAACAAAUAUUCAAUACUAAAUAAAACAAAAACCAUUAUUAAUGAAGCGAAAGCAAAAAAUUUAAAGACUGAAACAAAAGAAAAAACUGCAAAAAAUAAAAGUUCUACAAAAAGUAAAUCGCCUAAAACAAAUUUUAUUGAAAGAAAUCGAAACAUAGCUUUGUCUUUGUCUUCAACAAAAAAAGAUAUUAAAAAUGGCUGUUCAGAAAACACAGCAACAAAAAAAAAAGUACUUUCACCAACAUUAACACCAUCAAUCCAAAAGUCACCACAUUUCAAAUGUUCAAAUACAUUAGAAAAAAAAAAUCAUUGUUAUUUAAAAUACGGAAAAGAGCCAUUUAGAUUACAAGAAUAUGAUAAUUCACCAAAACGUUUGCCAUCUUUCAACAGUCGAAAAUUAGAGUAUUGCGACAACUUUGAGAUGAUUAACCAGCCUAAACAAAAAGGUCAAACAGCAGAUUUAUUUGAGAAAAAUCGACAGAAAAAAAUUGCAAGUAAAUUAGUUGGCUACUCGUUAAUAAACAUACCAACCUCUUGCGAAAAUAACGACUUAAAUAUGAAAACCCGUCCUCCAAUUUAUAGAAGUCAAACAGAUAUAAUGUACGAGAAUGCACAACAACGCAAAACGAUUCUGUCAGAUGGUUUAAAGCUUGCAGACAAGAUAAAACUAAAAAUAAGCAAACGUCUGUCCAGCGCCAGUGAUGCUUCAAAGAAUUAUCACAAACUUUGCAAUGAUAAUGAAGAAUUAAGCAAAGAAUCAAGAAAAGUUGCAAAGAAGAUUCCGACAAGCCGUGACAGCGCAAUUGAUGAUUUAAAUCCUGUUCAUUCAAUUACUUUAACUGAAAAAUCAGAAACAGAUGAGACGUUUUUAGUAACAAUUAAAGAAAAUCAAGUUAACCAAUCAAAUCAAACAUCAGAUAACAUCCCAAUGAAGCAAAGAACGAACAUUUCUACCGCGCACACAACCACGUAUACAAAAAUACCAGUAGCCCAAGAUGUUGCUGAAAUAUGCAAAACAUUAGGAGCAAAAGCUGAAAAAAUUAUAAAUUGCUUGCGACAGUUUCAGACUUCUUCAAUGUGGAAAACACUUGUAGAUGAAUUAGCUGACGAUGAGUAUAUUCAAUACUUGCCUCUCCUUUUCAAAUUUGUUCUAAAUGAGGAAAGAAAUAAGCGCUAAAGCAGUUAAUCUUUUCAAACAUUUUUUUUUACGCAUUUAUAAGCUUUUUUAUUUUAUUUGUUAAAU